AUGCGUAUCGGACCAUCAUUCGUUGCUCUGGCCCUCGGGGCUGGAUCGCCCAUCCUGAACAGUGGCUUGUUCGCUUCCGCCAGCCCCGUUCCCGCGGCGGUCGACACUAGCCCCGCUCCCAGCCCAAACCCUGGAGCGUCCAACGAUGGCACUUUCGCACCCACGUCUCCACAGUAUGCUAGCGCCAAUGAGCGUCACGUCCCUUCCACCGCUGCUCACGGCACCACGUUGCGCCUGACCCAGCGCGCGCUGGCCGGUCUCGGCAUCGACAACAACCGCGAGGACCCCCUUCUCACCGGAGACCUAGACCUUAGCGGUCAGUCCGACAAUGUUGCUGAUGCCCAGCUCAACCUCUGCGGCCUUCUUGGAAUCAACUGCAACGACAAGCCCACCGUCACUACCACCGCGACCGCUGUCGUGAAGAACCCCGCCAAGAAGCCGACCAAGUCGUCCUCGAAGCCCAAGAAACCUUCGACCACCAAGAAGACUACCCCAAAGAAGAGUGGCACGUCCGCCAAGAAGAUCACUGGUGGUAAGGUCCAGGUGAACGACAAGCACCACGCCGAUGGUGGAAGCGCCAAAGCCGGCAACGGUGGUCAAGCCAACGGCGGCAACUCCAACUGCUCCACUUCUGGAAGCCUGAUCGGUCUCAACGCUCUCAACUUCAACUCCUGCAACGGCGGUCAGGGCGGUGAUGCCAGUGGGGGCAACGCCACCGGCGGAUCCGGCGGCUCUACCAGCAACAACCUCCUGAAGCGCUCCACUUCUGCUUCGAUGAACAAGUCUGGUCUGGCAGCUGCUGAGCAAUUUGACAAGAAGAAGCCCGAGUCCACUUCGUCGAUCGCAGCACCCUCUGCCAGCUCCACGCCAUCGCCCAGGCCCAUCACCGAGCGCGACACCGACGCCGAGGUCACUCCAAACAGCUUCGACGCUGAGACCAUUGCCCAGCGUGACGUAACUGCUCAGGUCCAGAACGACGGUCUCAACUCUCAGAGCUUGCCCAACGAGUACAGCACCCCUCACCGUCAGCAGUAUUCGCCUCGCGACGUCUCCGCUUCGUCGACUCCAGAGGGGAUCCAGGCUGUGGCCACUCAGGAGCAGCAAGCUCGCGACGUCUUUGCUUCGUCGACCCCAGAAGGCAUUGAGGCUAUCGCUGCUCAGCAGCAGCAAGCUCGCGACAUCGCUGCCACCUCCACUCCCGAGAGCGUCCAAGCCAUCGCCACUCAGGAGAACAUGGCUCGUGGUAUCCUCGACAAGCCAGACCUUGGGCUGGCUCGCGAGGCAGCCUUCAAGAAGCUUCUGAACAACAAUCACAUUGGUCUUCGCGACAUCGCAGCUGCGCAAAACUCCCAGGGCAUUAGCGCAGAGGCUAACCGUAACGGCACUGACGAAGAGCCUACUCUUGGCGAUGACCUUCCCAGCGACGAUCAGCCCGAGGACGGUGAAGGUCAAGGUGACGAUGACGAUGCGGCUGCACCCACUUCAGAGCGUCGCGACUUCGACACUCACGCCACGUCAGACUCCUUCGACACUACCGCCACUGCUGACGAGCUUCAAGCUCGCGGACAUGGUCACGGACGUGGAGGUAACGGCAAGAGCGGCCACGGCGGUAAGGCCAACGGUGGUGCUUCUGACUCUCACGUGCACGCCAAGAAGUACGGCGUCCACGGCGCUGACGUGAGCUCGAACAACGGUGGACAUGGUGGAUCCGCCAAUGCUGGCAAGGCUACUGGCGGCAAAGGAGGUGCGACCAAGAAGCAGACGAGCAAGACCGGACACCGCGCUGCUCUUCACAAGGGUCCAAUCGUCAAAGUCACCCGCGACGUGGACGCUACCGCUAGCGAGGACGAUUUCGAAGCUGGUCUCGCUCAGCGUGACGUUACUUCUUUCGAAGCCAGCCACUCUCCUAGUGCUGAUGACUACUCGCUCGAGACUCGUGAGAGUCACGAGGUCUCUGCCGUCGACAGCCCUGAGGGAGUGCACGCCAUCGCGGGUCGCUCCACUGCCAUCGACUACACCUCUGAGGACCACGGAGUCAAGGCUGCUGAUCAAGCAACCGACUCUGCCGCUAACGUCGAGCGCCGCAGCAACGUCAGCACCGGUAUUCGUACUGGCGCCAACAAGAACGGUCGCGUGACCAUUGCCAAUGCUGGAAACGGAGGCAAUGCUCGUUCCGGCAACGGUGGUCAAGCCAACGGACAGGCCAACGGCAACGGAUCUCACAAUGGGGUUCAUUCCGGGUCUCGCAAAACCUCUUCGCACCCAGCGUCGAUCGGCAAGAGCACCAAGAAGGCCACCCAUAGCGCCAAGAAGAACACUUCUCACAUCGUUCACAAGACGGCUACUCGCAAGCCUUUGGCUACCGUCGGCGGUGACGACAGUCUGGUGGAGAUCGAUCUGCGUAUGCUCAGCGAGCUCUUGUCCGACGAGCAGUUCGACUUCCUGUCCAACUCUCGAAAGUCCAACAAGAAGUCUGUGCCAGCUAGCGUCAACGCGGGUGCAGGCCACGGCAUCGCUCACGCCAGUGGAUCUUCCAAUUACGUCGGCAACGGCAAUGGAAGCGGGGGUAACGGUGGCGACGCUCACUCUGGAAACGCUACCGGCGGUCGCGGCGGUGACGCCGUCGUCAACCAGAAUUAG